AUGCCUCCCACAAAAAAUCCUGAUUUGCAAUCGGUGUCUGCGUUCUUGAUGUACAGGAAGACAUCGACCAAUAAAGAAAUCACCAAGAAACGCAAAAAUUUAAAGAAAAAUAAGAAAUCACAAAAUAUUAAGAAGAAAAUCGAAGAAGAAAUUACAAAAACCCUUCCUCUAAAACCAAGUAGAAGACACUCUCACAGUAUUAAAAAAACUCGUGACAAUCAACCAGAGCAAAUUAAAAAACCUCUUCCUUCAAAAAAAGUUAAUGUGAGGCACUCUCCUGAACGAGAUUUUCUUCCUUCAAGAAAAUUAAAUGGCAAUCACAAUCAAGACUCUUGUGAUGAAAGCAUAACUCAAAGUGGGUUUUUGCCAGUUGAUGAUCCAACGGAAGAUGCACAAAAGUUGUUCGAGUGGCUGAUACAGCCCCUUUCCCCUGCCUCUUUCUUCAAAACGUAUUGGGAACAGAAACCCCUUUACAUAAAACGGGGGAACAGGUCGUACUACACCCACAUUUUAGAUUCAAGCAGUUUGGACAAAAUCCUUCGAAACAAUAGUUUAUUUUUUACACGAAACGUUGACGUCGUGACGUAUGAAAACGGCGAAAAGCAAGUAUUCAACCAGGAGGGCCGAGCGACUCCGUCCGCCCUUUGGGACUACUACGGUAACGGCUGCAGUAUUCGCGUAUUAAACCCUCAAACUUACAACCACAAAGUCCACUUACUUCUGGCGACUCUUCAAGAAUAUUUUGGCACAAUGGUCGGGGCCAACGUAUAUUUAACACCGCCGGGAAGUCAAGGCUUCGCCCCGCAUUACGACGACAUUGAGGCCUUUGUUGUACAGUUGGAAGGCCGAAAGCACUGGAAGCUGUACCAACCAAAAAGUGAAGAUGUUUUAGCCAGAUUUUCAAGUCCUAAUUUCAAACGUGAGGACCUAGGGGAGCCUUUCAUGGAACUGACUUUAAAUGCCGGCGAACUGCUGUAUUUCCCAAGGGGCACAAUACAUGAGGGUCGCACUGAUGAAGACUCACAUUCGUUGCACAUCACAGUCUCCGUUUACCAACAAACGUCUUAUGUGGAUUUGUUGGAACACAUUUUGCCCAAAGCGUUGAAAAAAGCCGCCGAUAGUGACGUUGAAUUUCGUAAAGGACUCCCGCUUAAUUAUUUAAAAGAUUUCGGAUUGGCCGCUGGGUCAAAAAAUAGGAAAUUCGUCACUUCAAAAAUUAAAGAUUUGAUGAAUUCUUUAAUCAACUACGUGGAUAUUGAUAGUGCAGCUGAUCAGUUGGGCAAGAAAUUUAUGCAUGACUCCAUGCCCCCAGUUUUGACAAAAAGCGAAGCGGAAAGAUCCUCUAAAGCUGAUGGGCCAGUUUUAAAAGAUGGUGUUGUUAAAAACAGAGUGGAAAUUGACUUAGACACGAGAGUACGUUUGUUGCGGUAUUAUUGCAUCCGUUUAGUUUGUGAAGAAAACUCGUCGCCAAAACUCUAUUACAACACUCAAAACGCUACAGUUUACCACGGUGAAGAGGAACAGUGGUUGGAAUUGGAGCCUUCGAUGGUGCCCUUAAUUCAGAUGCUUCAAAACACGUAUCCUCGCUACAUUGAAGUGGAAAAAUUACCACUGGAUGAUAUGGCCACCAAAAUGCAGCUAGUUUUAGAUUUAUGGGAACACGGGCUCUUAGUCACCGAGUAUCCCUUAGAUGUGAUAGAGUAUUAAGUUUUGCAGAGUUACAUAAUAAAUUUUUACCAAGGCUGUCCCCAAA